AUGAAACGGGGACUACGAGCGAGUCUUUGAUUUUCUCCAAGACAAAAAAUAAAACAUCGAAAUAGAAUUGCAUCAUGGUGGGGAACUAGGAAGAUCGAUUAAGGUGGAUUUGUAUCAACCGUUCGAUCUCGCAGUUGUGUUUUCUUGGGUUGCGUUUCCUUUGGGUUUUUCUGCAUAUACCUCAUCUCACGAUCACGUCGACUCAUGAUCCUGGAUAAUCGGACCCGGAGUUCUCUGUUUUUUUCCCUCCUCCCCCUUCUCUCCCCCCGCGACGAUACACAUACAUAUCUGUAUUGUCUUUGUCCAAAAACACACCAGCAUCCGCAACCGAUUGAAAACAACGGGAUGGCGAAACCAACAUGGCAAAUAUCCGGGGCUUUUUUUCUUUCUUAUGUACGUCGAGGAUGACUUACAUCGGGAUGCAAUAUGCGCAAAUGGUCGACGAAACGAGCGGGGUUUUCCGGUGGUUUUCGAGGCGCACAUUUCGACAUCGGCGCGUUGUUGCCUUUCCGGCUAUGGACGGCAUCCUUCCCCCCCUCUCUCCCUCUAUAUCUCCCUCUCGCAACGGCAUGGCAGCAUGGAAUGGUUCGGUUCGGUUCGGUUGGUUCAUCAUGCGGCACGGUGUUUGCGAUCUCCCAGGAAACGGACAUCUGACUUUGUUGUUGUGGUUUUGCCUGUCCAUCUCCUGUACAUUUUCUCUAUUCCAUCCCAUCCAUCCAUUCCGUUUUUGGUGCGGUCCUUCCCUGUUUCUAUUGCUAUCCUGCUCGCCUCGCUUUCCUUGCCUUCUUCCAACGAACUUGCCGGUGUCGGUGCGGUUUGGACGGCUUUCGGGAUACGAUACUAUAGUUUGCAAGAUUGCGAUGCGAUGCGAUGCGCCUGGAUCUGGACUGGAUCUCCGAAAUCGGGAUGGUCGGAAUCGGAUGGAUGCGAUAUUCUCGGAGUUUGUUUUCCCCUUUCCGUCGGUUGAUUUCGGUGUGUAUGUGGUUCGGUCUGGACGGAUGUGCGGCAUUGACGAGCGUGUUUUACUUAUGGUUGGUUCGCGGGGUGUUGCAUUGGUCGGAUGCGUCUGGUGUGUGUGUGUGUGUGUGUGUUGUGUGUUUCUGGGAUAUUUCGGUGUUCGAUAUUGGAGAUGGGAUGGGAUGGGAUGGGAGAACCUACCGCGCCUUGCCUACCAAUCUGCCUGCCUGCCUGCCUGCCUGCCUGUUGCCUGUUGUUGUAUGUCAUAGCCAUGAGGGAUAGCAAUGCAUAGCGCGCUUUUCCAAUCUUCAAUGUUGGGGACUAACACUGUGUGACGUGAAAUGUGUCGUGGAUAUCUGAUCGUUCAUCGCAUCUCUAGUCGCGCCGGCCCAUGUAAUUAUGCACUUUCGGUCGAGCUCCUUCCUCAAGGUAGCAUUUUCAUCGCGUGGUCUUCGGGUACCUCCCAAUAGUUUCAUCUUCCUUGGAUCUCCUGCACAAGAUUUUAUCGAUCAGCCAACCUCGUCCAGAAUCCUGCUUCCAAUGGC